UGGAAAUAAAAUAUAUUAUUAUUGUAUGACAUUUGUAAUAAUGGAAUAUAUAAAAGAAAAUGAUGAAGUUUUAGUGCUGGGAAUUACAGAACUUGUUGAGAAAAUUCAAAAUAUUUCCGGUGUAAAAACAUCAUGCCUAAAUUCAAUAAAUGAACUUUUAUCAGAUAAACAAACUCAACUUCAACAUAAAUUUAAUGUCGUUUUAUCUUUUAUGAGAAAUGAUUCGCGAAUAAUAAGUGCUGAAGUCCUUUCACGCCUGCUAGAAAUUUUGAAACCAAAUGGAAAAUUCAUAUUUUAUUACUCGUGUGAAGAUACUGCUUCCAUAGUAUCAAAUUUAAAAAUUUACGGGUUCACUAAAACUUCUAUAAAAGAAAAAAUUGAAAAUUCAAAUGAGUUUUAUUGUGAAAAGCCAAGUUUUGAGGUGGGUUCAUCUGUGAAACUAUCAUUAGCUGCAGAAAAUAAAAAAGCAACAACUGUUUGGAAGCUUGAUGAUGAUGAUGAUGAUGAAGUAAUUAAUGAUGAUGACUUGUUAGAUGAGGAAGAUUUAAAGAAGCCCGAUCCUAGUAGCUUAAGAGGUAAUUACGGCAAUGCUAUCAAAAUGUUAAAUCUUUAUUCAUGUUAG